CUGCUCUAAGCACACACUGUUCACUCCUACAUCUACACCCUCCACCAGCGUCUCUGCUCCACUUUCUCCUCCUGAUUCAUCUUGCAAACUAGUCACCAUGGUUUCUCAUAAAGAGUUUGUGGGCGCCGGGAAGCAGCCGGGGCUGCAGGUUUGGCGUAUCGAGAACCUGGACCUGAAGCCGGUUCCCAAGGCCCUGUACGGCAACUUCUACAGCGGGGAUGCCUACCUGCUGCUCUUCACCACUGCCGCACCUUCCUACAACAUACACAUGUGGCUGGGGAAUGAGUGUUCUCAGGAUGAGAGCGGAUCGGCCGCCAUCUUUGCCAUGCAGCUGGAUGACUUCCUGGGUGGGGCGCCAGUGCAGUACAGGGAGGUGCAGGACUGCGAAUCCAACACCUUUCUGGGGUACUUCAAAUCAGGCAUCAAGUAUCAGAAAGGGGGCGCGGCCUCAGGUUUUCAGCAUGUGGUGACCAAUGACAUGAGUGUGAAGCGCCUGCUGCACAUCAAGGGUCGGAGAGCCAUCAGAGCCACAGAGGUGGACAUGACCUGGACCAGCUUCAACAAGGGAGACUGCUUCAUAAUUGACCUGGGGAAGAACGUCUACCAGUGGUGUGGCAGUGAGUGCAACCGUUACGAGCGGCUCAAGGCCUCUGAGGUCGCCAUCGACAUCAGAGACAAUGAGAGAAACGGCAGAGCCAAACUGCACAUGGUGGACGAGGGGGAGGAGCCGGCAGAUGUCAUAGAGGUUCUAGGUCCUAAACCCACCAUUGCCCCCAGCACUACUGAUGAUGAGAAGGUGGACACCUCCAACAGGAAGAAGGGCGCCCUCUACAUGAUCUCUGAUGCAUCUGGUUCAAUGAAGGUUUCACCAGUGGCUCCGUCCAGUCCCUUCAAACAGGCCAUGCUGUCUCCAGAGGAGUGCUACAUCCUGGACAACGGGGUGGACAAGAACAUCUUUGUAUGGAAAGGUCCCAAGGCCAACAUGUCGGAGCGUAAAGCAGCCAUGUCUGCAGGUCAGCAGUUCAUCAGAGACAAGGGAUACUCCAAUAAGACACAGAUCCAGGUACUUCCCGCAGGAGCAGAGACAACUCUGUUCAAGCAGUUCUUCGGUGACUGGAAGGACAAGGACGAGACCACAGGCCCCACUAAGGCCUACACCAUCGGCCGCAUAGCAAAAGUGGAGCAGGUGCCCUUCGAUGCCUCCACCCUGCACUCAAACAAAACCAUGGCAGCUCAGCACGGCAUGGUGGAUGAUGGCAAGGGCAAGGUCCAGAUCUGGCGAGUUGACAAUGGUGAAAUAGCGCCUGUGGAUCCAUCAUCCCACGGUCACUUCUUUGGCGGAGACUGUUACCUCAUCCUCUACAGCUACAGACUCGGAGGCCGGGAGCAACACAUCAUAUACACCUGGCAGGGGCUGAAGUGCAGCCAGGAUGAACUGGCAGCAUCAGCAUUCCUCACAGUGAAGCUCGAUGACUCAAUGGGAGGAUCCCCAGUUCAGGUGAGAGUGACUCAGGGUCAGGAGCCUCCCCACCUGAUGAGCCUGUUCCAGGGCAAACCCAUGAUCAUCCACAGCGGAGGGACGUCACGCAAAGGUGGACAGUCGCAGACCAGCAGCACUCGUCUCUUCCACAUCCGGCAGAGCUCCUCCCGUGCGACUCGUGCUGUGGAGGUCGUGGCCUGUGCCUCCAAUCUGAACACCAACGACGUGUUUGUGCUGAAAUCCCCCAGCGCCAUGAUGGUUUGGCGGGGCAUGGGAGCCAGUGACGAGGAGGCGGCAGCUGCCAAACAUGUAGUGAGUUUCUUGGGUGGCAGUGCCAGCCAAGUGUCAGAGGGCAAGGAGCCAGCUGAUUUCUGGUCAGCUCUUGGCGGUCGAAAGGAAUACCAGACGUCAAGGAGUCUGCAGAGGAUGGUCAAACUCCCACGUCUGUUCGGCUGCACCAACAAAAGUGGGAGACUUGCUGUUGAUGAAGUACCAGGAGACUUCACUCAGUCGGAUCUGGCCACUGAUGAUGUCAUGAUCCUGGAUACCUGGGACCAGAUCUUCCUUUGGGUCGGAAAUGAUGCUAACGCAGAGGAGAGGAAUGGAGCUCCCAAAAUAGCAAAAGAGUACCUAGAGUCAGACCCAUCUGGUCGCAAAGGACUUCCCAUCACCACCAUCAAACAAGGAGCAGAACCUCAGACGUUCACUGGCUGGUUCCAGGCUUGGGAUACCAAGAUGUGGGAGACAGAUCCACUGGAAAGAAUCCGUGGUCGUUUCUGAGCGCAAAACUCCAGAACUCCCCCUCUGACGUCUUACCUGUCCAGCACUUCCUCUUGCUGCCGUGUUCAUCUUACCUCUAAAUCCCUAAGUGCCAAAACCAAUGUUAUUAUGACCGUCAUCCGGUUGAAUGGCUGCCUCUACGCCUUGGUCUUGGUGCAGCGCACAAGACUUCAAGACCUGGAAUGCACCACCAUCAGAAUUCAAAUGACUUCCUCUUGUAACAUCACCUGUAUCUGAUGGUGAAGUGGUUGGUUGCAUCCAACAGCUUGUCAUUAGCUUGUUACAUAUUUAGCAAAUCACCUCUGAGGCCCUAAUAUGAGUAGGAAAUAGGAAAGGAAGCCAUUUUAGACAGCUGGAGGUAUGAUCUGUUUCUCUCUGCUCUCUUUCACUUGUGUUCAGAGGACACCAUCAUACUCUGUCUCAACAUUCCCUUUGUUUUUCAUAAUGAGCUCAGUUUACUACGUGUGUUGUGUUCUAGCAUUGCUUGUGUCCACCAAUCAGAAGUUGCAUGGUGCAUUUUUUAUUCAUAUUCUGUGAAUUUUAAAAGGCGUUCAGUGGUAUGCACACGUGUUGGUUGUGUCUAUACUCUUUAUUAAAUUACUCUGAAAUGCUCAUGUGGACGGCUUUUAAAUAAAACUCCCAGGAUU